AUGGGUUCAUUAAACUUCGGGCAGGUCGCGGACAGCCGCUCAGAAUCUGACAAUGUCGCGCCUCUUCCACCCACCGACGUCCUACUGUGCGUCCGGACGGGCAAGAUUCAACCGCUCGCCAACGUCAAGUACAUGAGCGCCAUUGACAAACAGCCGCACCAGGGCAAGAUCCGUGUCACCGCGACGGGCCUUGUCGGGGAUGAGGUCCAAUAUGAAGAACAUGGCGGAACGGAAAAGGCUCUCCACAUGUACUGUGCCUCCCACUACGCGGCGUGGAACCGGGAGCUACCCAACCGCGAGCAUCUCUUCAAGAUUGGCGGCUUUGGCGAAAACUUGUCAGUAUAUCGCCUCAACGAGGACAAUGUCUGUGUGGGCGACAUUUUUAAAGCUGGCCCCGAGGUCGUCCUUCAGGUCAGCGACGCCAGACAGCCAUGCUUCAAGCUAAAUUACCGCUUCGAGCACAAGAAGACCUCAUUUCUUGCCCAGACUUCCGGCCGCACAGGAUGGUACUAUAGAGUCCUGAAGACGGGCUACAUACAAGAGGGCGAUGCCUUUGAGCUCAUUGAGCGCGCCAAUCCCACUUGGUCAUUGUCGCGGCUCCAGAAGUAUUUGUACCAUGAGACUGACAAUCUCGAAGUCAUGGAGACAAUUAUCCGUCUUCCUGGCCUAGGUGAUGAAAUGGUCAAUGUCUUUACCAAUCGCAUUAGCAAGGGCGCCGAAAAUUUCGAUGGUCGCCUGAAAGGUGAUGACAUUCCGGCAGAUUGGCGAACGUAUCAGCUGAAGGAAAAGGUUGAUCUGACGCCACGCGUCAAGAAAUUCAUCUUCGAAGUCGACGACGGGUCUACUGCGGACGAUGUCGAGAACACAAAGCUUGGCCGCUUUCCUCACGUCCGCCUGCAUUUCGGCCCUGAUCUGUCCUUCUCCAGGGCGUAUUCUCUCGUCUCUGGCAACAUGCAACGAUUGGAAUUGGGCAUUGCCAAAGAUGACAAUAGCCGUGGCGGAUCUGUAUUCUUGCAUGACAAUCUGCAUGUGGGUGAUGCCCUGCGUAUUGUCCAAGGUCGUGACAUUGCCUCGUUGCAGACCAAUUGUAUCGACAAUCUCAACAGCAAGAAGCACAUCUACAUCAUCGGUGGCAUAGGCGUCACAGCAUUCCUACGUGACAUCGCCAAACUCUCCCAGACCUCUGCGGACAUUGAGGUCCAUUAUGCAGUGCGAAGCCGCAAGGAGGCUGCCUAUCUGAACCUUCUGCCAGCAAAAAGUACCACGAUAUAUGCCAGGGACGAGGGCAAUCGGCUCAAUGUCAAGAGCAUUGUUCCCAGUCCCGAGCAUGGCCAGUUUUCAGCCAUGAUAUAUUGUUGUGGUCCUACGUCUCUGUUGGAUGAGUGCCAGAAGUUGACUAAGAAGCUGCGGUAUCCAAGAUCCCACGUUCACUUUGAGGCGUUUGGCGGAGCCACCACGGGAACUGGAAACCCAUUCGAGGUUGAGAUCAAAUCAACUGGUAAAGUCCUUCAAGUGCCUCAAGAAAAGUCGCUUCUCCAGAUUUUGAACGAAGCUGGCCUCGACGUUGAAUGGUCCUGCACGGUCGGCACCUGUGGUACUUGCAUGGUGGACUAUUGCAAAGGCGAUAUCGAACAUCGUGGAAUGGUCUUGGACGAUGAGGAAAAGCAGAAGAAAAUGCUGGCGUGUGUGAGCCGAGGCAAGGGAAGAGUUGUCAUAGAUUGCUAG